UUCAUUACAGAGUAUACUAUGCUAUUUAUAUGAUAGAAAAUACUCUGCCUUCUAAACGUGCUAUUGGGACACAAACCUUAAAGGUUCCUAAAGGUUUACCGGGACAGCAAAGUAUUCAUUCUUACUGUGACUCAUCCAAUUCACAACUGACUUAUGAGCAGCUACGAAUACUGAACCAUUGUAUUCAACCCAAUCAAGUCAUAAAAAUUGUAGCUUUAGCUGGUACUGGUAAAACAACAACUCUCAUUCAUCUAGCUCAACUGUAUCCUCAAGUUAAGUUUCUCAAUGUUAUGUAUAACAAAGCUAUAUGCGAAGAUGCUAAGAAGCGCUUCCCGUCGAAUGUAGUUUGUAAAACAGCCCAUUCUUUAGCGUAUGCAACUGAAGGACUUAGGUUGAGAUACAAAUUGACCUCUAAAGUCAAACCACAUGACUUGGUGACUUUAUUAACUCACAAAGAAGGUACAAAACUACAUGUUUUUUCCUAUGCCAAACUUGUCCUCUCCACCCUGGAAUCAUUCGUCUGCUCUGCAGAUGAGGAGAUAACGUUUGAUCAUAUUCCAAUGCAAGAUUCAAAUUCCAAGAGUAUUACAGAUGCAGACAAAGUGAGGUUGCUAAAGGAUUCCAAGCUAGUGUGGUCAAAGAUGAUUGACCGAGAGGAAAAAUCCGCUAGAAUCACGCAUGACGUCUACCUCAAACUGUAUCAGUUAAGUAAACCAAGCCUUUCCCAGUAUCAGUGCAUCAUGGUGGAUGAAGCACAAGAUUGCAAUCCAGCCAUGAUAUCUGUUGUUCUUUCCCAAAAACUGCCUGUGAUAUUAGUUGGGGAUCCUAAUCAACAAAUCUAUGGGUUUCGUGGUGCUAAAAAUGCCUUACAAAGUAUUAAAGCCACCCAUACUUAUCAUCUAACCAAGUCAUUUCGAUUCGGACCAGAAAUAGCCUACAUUGCAUCCUCUUGUCUGGAAAGCCUGAAACAUGUAACUACAAAUACACUGGUUGGAAAUGAAAAGCCUUCCUAUGUGAAUUCUCAAGCUGUAGGGCAAUAUGCCAUUAUUGCUCGAUCAAAUGUUAUGCUUUUCAAUGAAGCUGUAAGACUGUGUUGCCAAAAACGCAUCAGGGAACACGAGCCUUCAACAAUAAAUGCUGCUUUUGUUGGUGGUAUUGAAGGCUAUGGCUUUCAACAGCUGCUGGACAUUUGCAAGCUUGCCAACUAUUAUAAUGAACCAGGUUAUGUAAUUAAAGACAAGUUCAUUUCAAAAUUUAAAACUUAUGAAGAGUUGACCAAUUAUGCUAAAAAUGCAGAUGAUUCUGACUUGUUAUCAAAAGUUGAACUCAUCAGGUUGCAUUCCAAUGAUAUUCCACAAUACAUCAAAACUAUUAAAGAAAAAUGCACUCAUCCACUACAGUUGGCUAAUGUUGUGUUUUCAACUGCACACAAAUCAAAAGGCUUGGAAUUCGAUACAGUUAGUUUAACAGAUGAUUAUCCUGUGACGAAUUGGGGUAACCUUAGAAGGAGAGGUUCAAUAAGUUCAGGAACAGAAGAAGAAGAAUACAAUGUUAUAUAUGUUGCUUUGACGCGUGCAAAAACAUCUUUGUUUUUACCAGAAAGGUUUUUUCGAGUUUUCCUCUCUGGAAAUGAGAAAUUUGAAUAUCCGGUUCUUUCAAAACAGAUAGCUGAACCUGGACAGGCAGCUAAAUGUGUUGUUUGCAAUGAAAUGUUUACUCCUCAUACAGUUCUGGCUCUGUAUCGCAGGCAAAUGACUUUGGCCAACGGUCGAAGAAUCCAAGGUGGUGUGCUGUGUAUGAAGUGUCGUACAGAUCCCAAAGUCAGGACCCGUGUCGAAUUAGAUCCGGUGAUCAUGUAUUUAGACCCGACCGAUGACUAUGCCCAUCGGAGUAUGGCCAGCCUCGUGGGCCCCCUUCCAAACGAUCCCCCUAUUGUUCAUAACUCUUUUCCUCCAUUUCAAGACAGGGAUGUAGUAUAUAUAAUCAACAUACAUGUGUGAAAAUGUGUUGCCAUGUGUAUAGAUAUUUUUAUAUUUGCAUUUUUUCAGGAAUUCUUUUUUGUCAAAAUCAGUUGAGUAUAUAAAAAAAAUUGUAUUGUUUAUACUUUCUUAUCGAUUUUGCUAUGUACAUGAUGAAAUCGAUUAAUUGUUUUUCGACGUGGCUGUUACAUAAUAUUAAAAUAAAUACAAUCUGUGUGUCUA